CUUGGUGGUGCGAGCCUGCUGUAUGGUGCACAAACUUGCCACGCUAGUAACGCGGCAUAUUAAGACAGUUCAACCAGCCGCCUUCCAGACAUUAAUUUACUUUGUCGCGCUCAAACGCAUGCUCAAAAGCAAUACGAUCAAAAGUCUACGCGCAGUCAAAAGGGCAUCCCAGGCCCUUGAGCAAACCGUUCUGUCAGUGGGAGCUGCGGACGUUCACCAUCAGUGCCCUAAGACCUACAUAAUGAGUGUAUAAUGCGCACUGGCUUUUGUCGGCGUGCCGCGAACGAUGUGUGCUGGAUUGGGCGCCAUGCCUGUGAUCCUUCUCGCCCUCCUCUUCGUCAGCUUAACGUCGGGCGCGGAUGAUACCCAGUAUUACAGUCAGAUAACUAGGUCGCUUUCAACGAGGCGGCGAGUGCUUCGCGCACAGCCCGACUUACCAGCAGUCAACGAUGUAGCAGGGAUACCAGGGGGCCCAACCAGGGCGCGGCAAUUGCCAAAGCCCACCGACCCGGCACUUUUCGGUGUGGGCACCUUCGAGUCGCCUACGGACGUCGGUACUGCGGCUGCCGUCGAGCCGCCGUCCCUACCACCUCCCCUCCUCCGUGGCACCAGCGCCCCAGACUCUCAGCAGCAGACAGCGGAUGCCACAACCAUGCAAACACGCCAGGCGGCGGCUCCGCUUGUCAGCCCCGUCAAGGCCACCGGCAACACGAAAGCAAAAACUGCUGUGGCAGCCCGGCGGCCAGCCUCCCGCCGCCCUCCUCGGCCGCCUCCCAAGCCGCCGGCUCCUCCACUGCCACCAGACCAGCCAUCCCUGCCAGAUGGAAGCAUUGCACCGCCAUCCUCGCCACCAGACACGCCGCCGCCGGACACACCCGACCAGCCGUCGCCGCCGUCGCCGUCGCCGCAACGUCGGGAGCCCUCGCCGCCGCGCCCUGCACAGGUCCUCAUAGACGGCUGGUGGAUCACUGGCAUUACUGACGGAAAUUCCGGCAGUGACAGUGGCAGCAAUGGCGCAGGGGAUACCAUCAGCCCGCCGCCGCCGUCACCGCGCCCGCCCAUUCCCCGGCGGCUUGCGUCAGGCGGCGGCCUUGGGAUCGGCGUCGAGAGGGGCGAGGUUGGCAGCCCGCCGGUUGCCGCUCGGCCACCACCGCCGUCGCCCCAGCCUUCGCCCCCGCCGCCGCCUUCGCCGCCCCCGCCUCCGCCUCCGCCGCCUUCACCACAACCUCCGCCGCCCACGCCACCGCUGCCGCCGCGAGCGCCACGGCCGCCGCCGGCUCCCUCUCUGAUCGACAUCCAGAUCAUCUUGGAUGCCCAUAACGCCGCGCGCGCUUUGGCGGGCGUGCGGCCUCUGAGCUGGGAUGCGGGCCUGGCGGCCUCCGCGCAGUCGUGGAGCAGCCAGUGCACGUGGCAGCACUCGAGCGGGAGCUACGGCGAGAACCUAGCGUCCGGGGCCUACCGUACCAGCAAGGAUCCCCUCAACGGCAUUGGCAUCUGGUACAAUGAGGUGUGCGAGUACGACUUCUCCAAGCCCGGCUUCGCGUCCGCCACCGGCCACUACACGCAGAUGGUGUGGGCCGACACACGCACCGUGGGGUGCGGCUACACGGCCUGCCCCGACGGCGUGAUGGGGCUUGGCGCCAAGACGGGCGUUCUGGUGUGCCAGUACUGGCCCCCGGGCAAUCUGGACUCUGCUUCCAAGUUCAGGGACAACGUGCCGCCGCCCCGCACCUUCCCCGACCGUUGCCCCAAUGGGUACGGCAGCAGCGCCGGAAGGCGCUAACCUGAAGAUCGGUUAUGCAUUCAUUCACGAGAAAAAGCUGCUCAGGCCAAUCACGGGCGAUACAGUUUUGGACUUCAAAAGCACUUAUGACAACUAAAAGGUGACGCGGGAAGGAUGUGGCCCACAACCUGGUUUCGUGCCUGCUCGUGCCAUGCUUUGCCGCAGCAGGAUAGAGGAGGCUUUGCCUACCAUAUUAUAUUGGACCGAGAGAUACUUUGAAAAGCGAAAGGAGCUUGGGCAGGACUGAGUUUGAAUGCGAGGGCGUGUGGCGUGUGUUGCGCGACAAGUAAUACUGGGGGCGGCAAGGGUUGUGUGAAACAUUGAGACAUGAGGGGGGAUCAUGAAUGAAAUCUAUCAACAUCGAAGCAUAUCUAGGUGUACAUAAACCCGUACAAAUUGCGGCGGCUGAGCUAGCCUUUCCGUCUCUCAGUGUGUGUGUGUGUGUGUGUGUGUGUGUGUGUGUGUGUGUGUGUGUGUGUGUGUGUGUACAGGCCUUUGCAUUUGCACGGCGCUGUGUGAUCACGUGCUUGCUUCUGUCUUGUGGCAUGGAGUGUGACGAUGCGCGUUGCCUAUUUUACUCAGGCCUGCUAGCGCUGUUUGUGCCGUCCCUUACCAGUCUAUCGUGUGUGCCGUGAUCCACGAGUGUGAGUUUGUCGACUUAGCUCGUAAAUGGUACUGCUUAUUUUUGAGGCACAUCAAUGCCGGGCAACGACCCGGCUGCUUCUAUGAGAGCGUCCUUCGCCCACCGGCGGCAAGAGUUCAGAGUUGGUUGAAGCGGAGUUGAACGCGCGGGGUGUUAUGCGGAGUGUGGAGGAGUGCUGUUGAGCCCAACCCGGUGGCUCUGGACCGAAGAUGACGAAGAUAUACCGAGUUUUCGUGGCAUAUGAUUUUUUUGUUUAGUGGUUGCUUCCUGAAGCCCAGCCUCGCAGCCUCAGGCAGCGCGGCCAAAGCCGGGCAUGCCCUUUUUGGCGGGAGCUGGGGGUUAGUUUGACUGUGAGAUUUUGAGGCCAGGGCCUCUUUCAUUCUUUUGUGUUCCUGUUGCGCGCCUUGCACACGCCGACAGAUGUGAACUUUUAUGUUGGCAUUCGCCCAUACGAGCGUCUUGCUAGCUGAAACAAUCGUGGCGUGUGGUGGAAGCAAAUGAAAUGACACGGUUGGGGAGGCGUACAAGUACAGCUUGCAUCAGUAGCAUGCUAAGUACCCCCUCAGAAAACGGCAGGCUGUGAGAUGCCAGUGAAGAUGGGUGGAGUUUGCGUACCGUACUUGCUAGCAGCUGAAAUGCUGCAUUUGCCAAUUGGCGUGAGGUGUGUUUAAAUUCAUGAUGGGAUUGAUGUAACAAACGGACCCU